UUAUUCCAAUAGCCCAUAAUCCUUUGCGGCGUAGUGACUUCCGGUUUACUUCAGGUAGACGAAAGUGUAAGAAAUCGAGAUAGAUUAUCAACACAAAUUAUGUAAAAUACAGACUAAAUAGAGAGUCAGACUAAUCUCUGCAAUGAUAUUGUAAUGUGGUGAAUAUAUGUCUGGUAACUUAAGCUGGAUCUACUUUAGCUGGAGCCAUGACAAAGCAUGGGAUUAUAAACAAACCUGGUAUAGAAUCAUUAGUUGGUAAAGAAAACAUCAGAGACUACAACAGUGUUGCAAACUUGAAAAAUGAACAACUUAAGAAACUAUGUAAAGAAAACAAUGUGGAUGUUAAGCUCCCUAAGAAGGCGCGCAUUGUACUCCUGUGUCAUAUUUUGGGAAUUUCAACAACAGGACAUUUGCAGUCAGUAAAUGGUGUUAAAAGUUCUACCAAACAUCUCACUGAUGCUCAAAGAGAGGAGUUACAUAACAUUACUCCAGCAUACAUGUGUCGGCUAAACAGCUGGAAAAAGGACAUUUCAUACUUACCAGACAUUGAAGAGUCUAUAGUGAAGAAGUACUUGAUAAAUGCUGAUGUAUUAAAUACCAGUGAUGCAAGGACAUACAAAAUUUCACGCCCUUAUGCUUUACAGCAGUUUGUACAUUCCAUUACAUACAAUGAUGAAAGUGGUUCAGACAACUUUACAAUCAUUAAAGCUCAGUGUAAUCCAUCCCAAUCAACAAAUCAAGAUGAAAUUAAACUGGUGUAUGUUGUUAUUGACAAGUAUUUGGGGGAACCAUAUGGCGGAUUUUGUACUUGUACUGUUGGGAAGAGUGAGAGAUGCGGCCAUAUUGGGGCAGUACUGUUCAAAAUUUGUGAACUACAAGCCACGGGUGCAUUAGAAGGUCCUUCAUGUACCGACACACUUUGUCAAUGGUCAGACCCAAAGGGGAGUAAAGUUGAGGCUACAGUUUUUCAGGACUUAAAAAUAGGUAAGAAAGGAUCGAUUAGAAGAACUGUGGAUGAUUAUGGUCAGAAAGUUAUGAAACAACAGCCUCCUUCAUAUGAUCAAGUGACUUAUUUACGUGCCGCUUUAAUUGAAGCAUUUCAUCCAACUGGCCAGUACUGCCAUGCUAUUGAUGGUAUGAACUGCAAUAGGUUCAAACCUUCUGGUACUGAAUCCCAGUCCUUGCAGAUAUUUAGUGAAUUGCCCAAUUCAUUGCCCCAUGACAGUGAAGCUAUCAUCCCCGCGAAGAAAGUGGAUGUCAAAACUACACCUGUGUCAAUAACUCAACUUGUUACUAAAGAAUUUGGUAGUGUUGACGACAGUGGUUUCACCUUGGCAUGCGAGGAUUUAUUUGUACAAGCAGCAAAUAUGGAUAUAGAUAUAAAAGAAGUUGACAGUAUGACCAAAGGUCAGUCAGAUAACCUAGAGUGGCAUAUUCAAAGAAGAGGUGCAAUUACUGCCACCAGGUUUGCGUCUGUGAUAAAAGUAACAAGUUCUACUAAAGUGAAGAGCUGUUCUUCAUUGACAAAUGAAAUAUUAUAUCCAAAACAAAAUAGACUGAAAAAUGUUCCAGCUAUAAAAUGGGGAAUAAAGAAUGAAAGUAAAGCUAGACAAGCUUAUGUGAACAAAGUUGGACAACAUCAUAAAAAAUUACAAGUAGUAGAGCAUGGACUUAUGGUAUACAGUGAUUGUACAUUCAUUAGAGGUAGUCCAGAUGGUAUAAUAACAUGCGACUGCCAUGAACCUGUACUUCUGGAAAUAAAGUGUCCAUUUAAUGCCAGAAUGCUGACUGUGAAAGAAGGAAUUUCUGAGGGGAAAAUUAAAUACCUUGAGAUGGAAAAUGGUUGCUGUAAGUUAAAGCAGAAUUCACCUGAUGGAUAUUAUGCACAGGUACAGGGGUUGAUGGGUAUCGCCCAUGUGAAGAAAUGUGUUUUAGUAGUUUGGACAACCCGCGACUUUGUCACAAUCAAUAUUGACUACAAUGAGGAGUUCUUUAUGAACAAACUUGUCCCAUCAUGUAAGGAGUUCUUUAAGACAUACAUCAUUCCCAAGCUAUUGCUCAAAGAAACCUGUGCAAGUUCACAAGUUUUAGUGGCUGCAAGUACUGACCCAUCACAUGAAAUGACCUAUAUAGCCACACCCCUAAAUGCUCAUCAAAAUUCAACAGAUGAAUUCCAGCCUGAGAAAAGGAAGAGAUUAAAUGCCACUAGCAGUAAAGAUUGUUUAGUGAAAAGCAUUCCAGAAUCCCAAACUCAAUUAAUCAUUCCCUCAACUAAUACAUUAGUUACUAAAAAAAAAAACCUCAGCUCAUUUAAUAUUGGCAGAAACAGUGACAGAAUAUAGAUGUGCUUCAUGUAAGAAACGUUUACCAGAAGACAAUAUUGCUCCAGAUAAUUCUGAUGCCAGUGUUGGCUGUGACUGUCCAAAUUGUGGCGGUUGUGAUGUUUGGAUGUGUUGGCCUUGUGCCAAAUAUGACCAAGAUUGGGCAGAUUCUGGCGACAACUGGUAUUGUCCAGAAUGUGUCCGGGAAUGUGAUAUCGUUUUCUAAAAAUGAAUAUAUACGGAUAUGUAUCAAAAGAGAAUAUAAAGCCAAUAUCUGAAGAGAAAAAUGUAAACAUUGAAGAACAGUGAUCUUGUUGUGAUUUAAUAUCCUAAUGAACACUUCUCAAUAGAAUAUCUCUGCAUCAUGUGCAUGAACAUUAAAAGCAUAUAUUUUUAUAAUACUCUAUAAAUGUUUUAAUCUAAACAGUCAAACAUGUUAAAUUACUUUUCUAUUGGCUGCAUUAUAGUUGCUUAUAUUUGACUCAAGGAAUUAAAGACAUUCUAAAAUAUACAAUUUAUACUUGCUCCAUGUUGGAACAUGUACCGAUUGUUAAUAUUUAAAGGAAAUGAACAUUCACCGAGUUCCUAAGGCAUUUCUUGUAUAUAUGAAAACACACGAGUUAGUUCUUAUUUUCUCUAACAAAAUUGUUCAUUACUUAGUUAGCUCUUGCUUGUUCAUUAUGCAGUUCUUAUUCACUCUCACGUCAUUGAUUGUUUUUACUUUCCCAUAGUUUUUGUUUUAUAUAUACUGUAGUCAAUCGUGUAAAUGCUGUUAUGUCUUUCCUAUGUAUGAUUCACAUAUAAAUUUAUCAUUGAAAAAGAUGUGCUAGGAAUUGAAUUAUUUAAUCAAAUAUAUAAAUGUCAAACAUUUAAACUCAAUCAAUUACUACAUGUACAUAAGUGAAUUGUAGGGCUGUAAAAAUUUAAAUAUCGAUACAGUCCGAGAUCUAUUUCUUAUCUUGUGGAAAUAUCUCUCCAUUUUGUCUCAAUAAAGAUGUCACAUAUGAAACAGUUUUUACUCAAAUUACUGUACUUACUACUUAGUUCGAUAUAUCGAUGUAUUGUCAAUAUUUACUCAAUAUUUACCUUUAGAUAUAUCGAUACAUAAAUUUCCAUUUGUGACAGCCCUAGUGAAUUGAUAUUUGUUAUGUUUGUGAGGUAGAAAUGUUGGAUUUUUUUUCCAAUGUGUUUCUUAGGCAGAACAUAGGUUUUAUUUUAUGUCUAGUCCUUAUUUAUGCCUUACAGUAUGUCUUUCACUUAUUAUUCAUUUAAUCUUUGAUUAGCAAUUUUAUUUAUCAUCUUAGUUAUUGAAUUAAUUCAAUUAAGUAUAUUAAAAGGCAAAUAUUAAGAUCCAAUCAAUGCUAUAUAUAAAAAUUGAUGAUAUUUGUUAUGUGUAUGAGGUUGAAAUGUUGUUGUUUUUAUUCAAUGUCUAUUAGGCAGUACCUGUAUCUAACAUAUAGGUUUUGUUUCAUGUCUAGUCCUUAUUUAUGCCGUUAUGUCUUUCACUUAUUAUUUAUUUAUUUAUCAGGGAGAUCAAGGAAAUAGCUAUGUGCUAGUAAUUGAAUUCUUUCAAAUUGAUUUUGUGAUGUUUACAUCAGAAUUCUAUUUUGGUUACAUAUUGAGGAAAUUUUUUAAUUUUUGUGUACAAGAUUGACAUGUGUUUUAAGUGUAAAUAACAAAAAGAGUAAUAUCAAUGGUUAAAGUUGUUUAAAAUUACAGAAUUCUUUUAAUUUUUGAUAUAUGUGCAGGUAAAUAAUUGGCAUCUUGUUAUAGAGCAUAAUUAACUUCCAGCAAAAUGUCCUAUCUGGCUUAAGUGCAUAUUAAAUUAUUAUU